GUCACUUCGGCUACAGAUAGAGUAGAGUACAAUGGGCUCGUACUGCGCAAUGCAGCCAACUACCGGUACUGUGUACUUCGAGUUGGAUGCCAGUGGCCUCAGUUGGGUGCCCUUUAGCAGUACUUCCCGGCCAGCUUCUUCAUUCACUCACAUCACUGCCAGUGGCCUACCCCCAUCCAUCAAGAGCCAUAAACCCGUCCUCCCCCCUCAGCCCGUCAAUCAACUGUCUGCGUGCUGCCACUGCCUUUGCUUGGGCCUUUACCUGCACCCUCCCAGAGCAAGGCAUUUGCCCACACCUGCCCACGCCCUUUGGUUCGCCAGCCUGGUCCUCUUCUCCUCAAGCCUAUGUACCUCGUGGUCCCUUGUUAGCGUGCUUGUACUUUUGUUGCUCUCUUUGCCCCAAGACCCAAUGUGGGUGCCAUGCUUUCACACUUCGAUGGGGAUGCAGGCUGAUUUCCAAGCUUUGCCAGCCUUUUCUCCCAGUCUUUCGUCCUCCCCGCUUCUGCGCUGCUUACUGCUUUCCUCCCCUUCUCUGCGUUUCCUUGCCUUUUUGUUACCUCCACCACCACACACCGAGGCACGGCACACAACCGUGACCCUUUCUUGCUUUCUCUCCAAACGGAGCUGACACAACGACCAGCCACUCUGAUUGCUGCUUUGGCCCAUUGCCAUACAAUAGGCCUUUUAUAUCUGCUGCUGCUCACACCACACUUACACAGAUGCUUCCUCAGCUAAAAGUAAGGGCAAUAUGUGGUUGCAGUCAGUUGCAGGUGCAGGGAAGUCUGCUGCAAACCAACAUCGAGUGACCUCUUCGGAGUC